ACCGGAAGUUCUGGAGUUCCAUGCUUCCGCUUCCUGUUCCUCGCUGGAGCCUGAUCGGGCGUGUGCUGGGAAGCAGGGGUGGACAAGAGUGACUUCUGGCUUCGACCCCGGGAAUUGCUGCUGCUUCCUGUACCCAGCACAAUGUUUCUGCCGCUUUUACUGCUGCUGCUAAGCGUUGCUACAGCUGCCGUUGAAGUCAAAAGGCCUCGAGGUGUCUCCCUUACCAAUCAUCAUUUCUAUGAUAAAUCUAAGCCCUUCACCUGCCUGGAUGGAUCCUCCACUAUCCCCUUUGAUCAAGUAAAUGAUGACUACUGUGAUUGUCAGGAUGGCUCUGAUGAACCAGGGACUGCUGCCUGCCCGGAGGGACGCUUCCACUGUACCAAUGCUGGCUAUAAGCCCCACUAUAUCCCCUCGAGCCGUGUCAAUGAUGGGAUCUGUGAUUGCUGUGAUGCCACAGAUGAGUACAACAGUGGUGUCAUCUGUGACAACACAUGCAGGGAAAUGGGCCGGAAGGAGAAGGAGACUCUGGAACAGAUGGCAGAAGUUGCCCGUGAGGGCUUCCGGCUCAAGAAGAUCUUGAUUGAGGAAGGAAAGAAGGGCCAGGAGGAAAAGCGGAGCAGGCUCCUUGGUUUACAAGAGUCGAAGAAGGCCCUGGAGGAGCAGGUGGCGAUGCUGAGAGCAGUGAAGGAAGAAGCAGAGAAGCCCGAGAAAGAAUUCAAGGAGCGGCACCAGAGGCUGUGGGAAGAGCAGCAGGCGGCAGCCAGGGCCGCGAGGGACCAGGAGCAGGCUGCCAGUGCCUUCCAGGAGCUGGAUGACGACACCGAUGGAGUGAUUUCCGUGGCUGAGCUUCAGACUCACCCAGAACUGGACCCAGAUGGUGAUGGGGCUUUGUCAGAGGCAGAAGCCCAGGCUCUGCUAGGAGAGGCCUUGCAUGUGGAUGCUGCCAGCUUCCAAGAAGGCCUGUGGGCAGCCAUCAAGGAUAAGUACCGGCAGGAGGCCCUGCCUCCUGUGCCACCCCUUGCUGAGGCCACAACAGAGAAGAUGUUAGAGGCUCCAGAAGAGCCAUCCCCAUUAGAGGAUGAAGGUGAAGGUCCUGGGUUGGAAGAAGAAACAGAGGAGGAUGAAGAGGACGAAGAAGAGGAGAACCCUGAGGAGGACAAGGAGCCCUUGCCCCCACAGUCAGUCAAGGUGGAAGAGGAAGUAGAGAAGGACAAGAUGCCUCCAUAUGACGAGAGAACCCAAGCCUAUAUUGACGGUUAUCCCCACACCUCCACCCUCCCCAGUCAGUCACUGGGGAGAACACUGCUUCUGCCUACGGAGAUGUCAAAACAGCUCUUUGAUGCACACAGCUGCUGGGUGCAGUCACUUGAAGACAGUGGGGGACUUUUCUCCGGCUGCUGGCCAGAUCCAGGGUCUCCACAACUGAAGAAAGUUGUUGAGGAGAGCCAAAGGGGAUUGGGCCUGACCCUGAAUGUGUGUGGGGGAGCCUCUUAGGGGUGUGGCCUCGGUGUCCCCAGUUCCCCUUUCCUGCCUCCCCAUGGGCCACUAGGCUUGUUUGUGAAUCUUUACCAGGCACUGUGGUACCAGCAGUGGGUGAGGGAGGAGCCAGCAGGGUCCCCUGGGAGGCCUACACUGAACAGAGCAGAGAAUUUUCUAGGCCUCCUGCUGAGAAGCCCGGAUUGGCCAAAAUCCAGGCACUAGAUAUGCCUCAGGUGGUAGGCUGGGGCACCUGCACUGGGGCUUCUCACCCAGGCUGAUUUCCAUCCAUGCCCUGUGCUUGCUGGAACUGGGACAGUUCAGAGGGUUGUUCUGAGAAGACCUUGCUGCCUCUGCUCCUGAGACCUAAAACUAAUACUCCCAUGAAGAUAGGGGGUGGGCUUUUUUCAAGCCCCCUGCUCUCCUGGAGCCAUAAUUCAGCCUAGACAAAAGACCUCUGGGCUGAGCAUUUCUGUCAGCUCAGGUGGUAGCUGAGGCUGUGGCGCCCAAGGCACUAGAAAGGAGACAGCCUUUAGCCGAGCCUCUUUUGAGCAGUGUCACACACGGUGGUUCCCAAGAGAGGGAGCUUGUGGGCGUGUGCAUGGGUGCCUAAGCAUUCUGUGAGUAUGAGCAUAGAGUUUUGUUGUGCAUCCAUCCUGUAUUGUGUGCAUGGGGAUGAGUGAGUGAAACCUGCCAUCUUGCAGAAGGUGUGUUUGUGGAUUUGGAGUUCAGCGUUCCUUUGGGAGGGGGCAUCUGCAUGCACACUGAGGAGACUGGCAUUUGUGUGGAGUUCUAAGUAUGUGGUGGUAUGUUCAUGCUCACGUGUGGUCCCUCAGAUGGGAGUGGCUUCAGGGUCAGAAGAUUUAGAGCUAGAAAGGUCUCCCAGCCCAGCCUUCCCAGUUUACAGUGGAGGCAGCUGAGGCCAGGGCGAGAAUGGGACUCAUUCCAAGGUCACACGGGUAGUGAGUGGCCGAACCAGCAUUUGACCUCCUGCCUUCUGACUCACUGUGUGUGUGUCUGUGUGUCUCUGUGUGGUGAUCCUGAGAGUGUGAGGAAGGCGUCACGUGAUUCUUCUCAGGGAACAUACUGUUUCUACUUCCUGGGGAAGGGAAGAGUAAGGCCAGUCAUGGGAGUGGGGAGAAACCCAGAACUGAGGGUGUAACAGGAGACGCAUGGUUUUCACAGUUCUCUCCCACUGCUGAGAGUGCCAGGGUCUUUUGCCUGAGAU